GUAUGAGGCUAUGAGGGCACAUAUAUAUAAGUUGAGUUAAUGUUGUUCCUCUUCAUACGUGCUUCAAAUAUUCUUCUCUUUUUAUCAUCAAUAAUACCUAAACAAAAUUACCAAAAAAAUGGAUGAACCAAUUUUUUCCCCUUCAUCAUCACAAUCAAGUCUUCAACAUAGGCUUCAAUAUAUUGUCAAGAAUCAAACAAAUUAUUGUUCUGAUUGGGCAUAUAUUAUUUUCUGGCAAUCGUCGAAUAAUCGUUCUUGUUUAACAUGGGGUGAUGGCCAUCUAAACAUGAAGAUAACGAAUAAUAAAGACGUCGAAUGGUUCUACUUGAUGUCUUUAGCUCAGUCUUUUUGUGUUGGUGAAGGAGUUGUUGGAAAAUGCUUUAGUAGUGGCUCUUUAGUGUGGCUAGCAGGGGAUCAACAAUUUGAGUUUUGUCAUUGUGAAAGGGCUAAAGAAGCUCAUUAUGUUCAUGGUAUCAAUACUUUUGUAUGUAUUCCAAUUUCUAGUGGUGUGCUCGAACUGGGCUCGAGCACGAUGAUUAAACAGGAUUUGAACUUGGUUCAACAAGUCAAGUCUAUGUUCUUUGGUUAUGAAACAAUUGAUCAAUUUGAUGAUUUUGGUCUUUUCAAUUGUUUGGAACUAUAUGGUGAAGAAGCAAAGAAAGGUGAAGUGGUAGUAGGUACAACACCACAUGAAAACAAAGCUGGACUAAAGAACAAGACUUCGAAGAAAAGGAGGAGAGAGAUUUGCGAGACACAAGGAAACCACGUAGAGGCGGAGAGGCAGAGAAGAGAAAAACUUAACUCUCGAUUCUACGCGUUGCGCGAGGUGGUUCCAAACGUAACAAAAAUGGACAAAGCCACAUUGCUAUCAGAUGCUGUGACAUAUAUUACCCAACUGAAAGCUAAAGUGGAUGAAUUAGAAUCAAAACUUCAUAGUAACAAUUAUCACUAUUAUUAUCCAGAGAUGAAGAUCAAACACAAAAUGGAAAAUCAUGAUAUAAAUGUUGUGGACAACCAAAGUUCCAUAACAACUUCCAGGGAUCAUACAAUGGAAAUUGAAGUGAAGAUGGUAGGUCAAGAUGCCAUGAUUAGGGUUCAAUCAGAGAAUGUGAAUUAUCCAUCAACAAGAUUGAUGUGUGCUCUUCAAGAAGUUGAACUACAUGUCUACCAUGCCAACAUCUCAAGUGUCAAUGAUUUUAUGCUACAUGACAUAGUUGUUAAAGUUCCUCAAGGAUUGGAGACUGAAGAUGAAGUAAAAUAUGCUCUACUUAGAAGCUUAGACCAACAAACAUGUUCAUAAUUACUUAUUUGGAGACUGAAGAUUAUGUAUGAUCUUCAGCCUCUUCUUUUUUUUUUUAAUUUUCUCUAGAAGAACCGUCAGAUCUCUCUAUAACAAUCUUGUAUGCUUUGACUUUUUUUGGAUUGAGAACCGACUUUGGAUUUACUCCUUUGAUAGCUAAUGAGUAGUAAAGAAGUGUAGCCAUGUAGGGUUUUCGCUUACACGUCCGAGAAAGGGGUGUGAUUGGUUGGUUUAGUGUAUUAUCGAUUUGGUUUAUUGUUUUUUGAUUUAUAAAUACAUCAAAUCAAUUAGCUAUUUUUAUCAAUUUA